AUGGCGGACGAGUCUGACGAAGAGGUGCGCGAGCGCCUCAAAGCAGCACUGUGGUUUGCCGUGGGCAAGAUAGUCGAUGAGGAGUCCCUCCGAAGAAACAGAAAUGUCACGCCUCAAUUCAUUGGCGCUCUCAUGGAGAUGGUGUGGCUACAGAUAGAGAGUGUUGCGAUAGAUCUGGAGAGCUUCAGUCGCCAUGCUGGGCGGUCAACCAUCACUACAGAUGACGCACUGCUGCUAGCGCGUCGGAACUCGGACCUGCAUGGCAUCAUCAAGGACUUUGUUGACAAGCAGAAGGCUACAAAAGCGAAGGGCAAAUCCAAGAGAUGA